UUGACAAUGCCACAAAUUAUGGUCGAAGCCUUUGCAAGAAGUUUAAUUGACAGGAUCAUGCUGGAAGCAUUCGACUUGAUGGACGUUAAAAACGAAGAAUUAGAAAUUCUGGAGGAUCGGUCGGAAUCGAGUGAGAGGCAGCCAGAGUCCGCGCUUGAAACGCAACUUCUGGAGGACCGUUUGCGCGCGGAUUAUAGCAAGUUGGAGACGAACAUACUGAUAGAGAAGAUGGUACACGGUUUACGUAAAUUGCAAAUCGGUGAUUCAACCUCCGUACCCUCCCACCUGUCCACGUUGGAAAACCAGGUAAAGCACAUGGUGCAUAGCAUCGAAAACGUUUCACUGGAUCCACCCGAACUUACAGAAAUGCGCACAAUUCAGGGUCAAGGCGAUGUGCACCAAAUAGUACACGACGCAGUUAUCGAGACGACGGCGUCGGACCUCGCGCGUACGCGUCCGGAAAUGGAGAGCGACAAUACAAACGAGGCGACGAGGGUGUCUACUAGUCUGCUGUAUCGUAUGAUCGAGGAGCUGGAAACAAGGGCAGAGGAAGCGAACCAAAGAGGAACGGACGACGAGCCGGACAGGAUCAGCAAAGACAAGAUCGCCGUUUGGGAAGAAAGGGAGGAACAAUUCAUAAGAACCAUCGAGAGCGUCGACGAUAGAGAGGAGAGCACCACCGAUUCGACAUCGGAUUUCAGGAACAUCGCGUGUGAACUCGAUUUCGAGGGCACGACGUCCUCGUCGUUCAUCGGCCAUUCGACGCUGUUCGCGAGGAACGCCUCGUUGGAGGAAGUCGCGAUCGAGGAAAUAACGCCGUCGCCCAUACCCGAUCAGGAGUGUUCGCCCGACGCGUCAAAGAGAACGAAACAUAAGUCGCCGAGCGUAACGCAGUCGGAGGAGCGGAAGAAGGGCAUCUUAAGUAGGACACGGAAGUUGCUUCGGACCGUUUUCGGGCGUCGGAAGAAAUGAUUUCACCGUCGGCACGGACGUUCAGCUCUUUCCUCGACGGCGUUAUUAGAACGAUCGGACGAAAC